AUGAGGACGUCGCGAAAGUUCUUCAAGAACAGGAGGGACUCGUCUGCGAACGGUCCCUACUAUCAGGAGACGGUGGAACGCGACCCUGGACAUCUUGCAGCUGACUACCACACCCAGAAUAUGCUUUAUACCCGUGGAUCAGGAAAAAAUCUUUCCACAGAUACUUCAAGACAGGCGCGGUUCCUGCACAGCGAUUCUCAAUACACGGGUCACGCCUAUAGCCAACACGAUCCCUACCAUAAUCUACGCUCGCAGCAGCUGUUGCAAGGACCCCUGGAUCCGCAUUUGAAUACCCAGUUCAGGGACUUGGGAGUCCAUCAGUCUCUGCAUUCGCCGUCGAGCUUUACAUACCACCAGCCGAUUGUUCCUGAGCACCUCAUGCGCUAUCCGAGUUUGGAGGGAAUGAGAUUCGCGGAAGCUUCGAGAGAUAGUCGCCAGUUCAACUCAAUCAGUGACCCUUCUGUUCCGUCGCAGACAUAUGAGCCUCCUCAAUACGACCCAAGCUUUCCUGAACCGCCUUUCGAGCAAGAGAACUCGUAUGUCAUGGAGAAUGAAGAUGGUCAGAAGAAGAAGGGUGGACACAGUGGUAAAUCGCAGCUCUGCGCAGACGCGCCCGUCUUCGUUCCCAAUGCUGCAGUGCACGAGACAAAGGGAGAACAGAAGAAGAAGGAUUUCAUCUGGUUGGUUGUCGGAAAAAGUUGA